AUGGCAACCAUCAUUUCCCACCCCUCACCCUUUCCCAAGUUCUCGACUUCAUCACCAUUAUCUUCUCCGCCAUCUACAGUGCUCGCUAUGCAUCACAGAAACCUUGCGACCUUCUGCUGCUUAUCCUUAAAACAACCUCACAACCAAGCUGCAACCGCCCAGAAUGACAAUCUUCGUGUGGUCUUCGCUGCCGGCGGCACCGGCGGCCACAUAUAUCCCGCAGUGGCCAUUGCAGAGGAGCUCAAAAUGACGAAUCCCUCUUGCGAAAUCCUCUUUAUCGGUGCCCCUAAUAGCAUGGAAAGCAUUGCAGUUCCAUCUGCCGGGUACAGUUUCGCAUCUGUUCCUUCCGUCAGAUUUGCUCGCCCUUCGAUUGGCCCCCAAAACGUCUUUCUCCCUUGUUACUUGGUCAAAUCUUUGGUGGAAUGCUCUCGAAAGUUGAGAGACUUUAAACCCCACGUAGUUGUUGGGACUGGCGGGUUUGUUUCUUUUCCAGUAUGCCUUGCUGCCAAGCUUAAAGGCAUAAAGCUUGUUAUCCAAGAACAGAAUUCGGUUCCGGUUAUAGAGAAUUCGAUUCUUUCUUUACUUGCUGACGUGAUAUUUGUUGCCUUUAACUCCACAAUUGAUAGCUUCCCGAGAAACAAAUGUGUGGUAUGUGGAAACCCGGUGAGAUUGUCGUUGAGGAAACAUGGUUCCAAGGCAGCCGCGAGGUCACAUUUUUUUCCAGGUUCUGAGAACAUAGGAGAUUCUAAAGCGAAGGUUUUAUUAGUUCUCGGUGGGUCUUUUGGUGCCCAUGCUAUUAAUAUUGCAAUGCUCAACUUGUGCUCUCAGAUGCUGAGAGGAAACAAUAGCUUGUACGUCAUAUGGCAAACGGGCAUUGAAGCUUAUGAUGAAAUGGACAGCCUAGUUAAAAGUCAUCCACGUUUGUACCUCAAACCGUUCAUGCAUCGUAUGGAUUUGGCAUAUGCAGCUGCGGACCUUGUUGUUUCUAGAGCAGGUGCAUUAACGUGCUAUGAAAUCUUGGCCACGGGAAAACCAUCUAUCCUGAUACCAUCCCCAAAUGUUUCUGAGGGGCAUCAGUUCAAAAAUGCUUCCUUGAUGGCAGAACUAGCUGGGGCAUCAUUUAUAACAGAGGAUGAACUCGAUUCAAGUACACUCGCAAUUGCGAUUGAACAGAUUUUAAGUGAUGAGAGGAGGAUGAAAGGAAUGUCUGAAAGGGCUCUGAAGGCUGCAAAUCCUAAUGCCUCCACUGAGAUCGCGAAGCACAUUCUCUCUCUUGUAAAUCUUCCGACAGAAGAAUAAGACACGGCACCAAAUUUGACUUUGGGCGUGAUUUCCUGCCAAGCGAUGAACGCAAGUCCCCAGUUUGUGCACGUGGGACAAGAUAAUCACUGAAACUACCCGCAUAACGACAGCCCUGGUGCUGAUCUAGAACUAGACGGCUUAAAUUGUUUGGAGUGCUAUGAGGCUGAAAAAGAAAGCCGUGCUGGCCUUUUAUGGAGAAGACGGUGACACCCAGUUUGAAUUACAGAGCUAGAAGGUUUACGCAGGCAGCAUCUUUCUUUAGACAGGGAUAGUAGUUUGAGGUUAUGGUUUUCUGUUUACAGUAUUCAGGUUUAUUAAUUUUGUUUAGGCAUGAAUAUGGCAUGACUCUUGCAUGUUUUUGG